AUGGACGAUCGUGCAUUAAUCUUUGGCUUACUCAUGUCUGUCUAUGGUUUUCUUCAAUUCUUUACAGCUCCUAUUGUUGGUAGUUUAAGUGAUUCCUAUGGACCACUGUUUAAACAUUCAUUAGAGAUUAUUAAACUAACUGUCACAGAUGGAGAGCAGAUACACAAGCGUACAGCAUCAAUUGGAAAAUUAAAUGCUGCUACGAAUGCUGGCUUUAUUAUUGGUCCGAUCAUUGGAGGUUAUAGAAGCAGACAAUUGGAAUAUCGACGACAACGUCUGUAA